AUGAAGACUAUCGUGGCUUACUCUGAGGGGAAGCAGGCGGAGAUGGAUCGGCCUUCUCCAGUAUCCUGCGACCGCAUCCCGGAUUUUCCAGACAUACCAAAUAUAAUCCGCGCGUGGUCUCCCUUAUCAGAACAUCCAAAAUGGCAGCAUGUUGAAGGAACUAGGGUGUCAUUAUACGCCGCGUACUACGACCAGAGGACGCCACAGCACUAUGUACGCGUUCUUGGCAUUUUCCACGGGCGAAAUGUCUCGUCGCUAGAGGAGUUGUACUGUCAGACUCGCUCCACGCGUGAAGAUCAGGAAUCUGUGGAAGUUGUUGCUGCUAAACUCUUAGAAAUAUGGUGGCAGGAUUGGGAUCAAACGUCAAAUGAUGUGGACACUCCACUACUACUAUCUUGUCCUUUGACAGAGCCUUUGAAUGAGAAAUCAGCAGUGUCCAUUGUUACUGAACCGUGUGAUAAUCCUACAAACGGUUUUCAUGUUACACCGAUAAGCGCUCAAAAAUAUAGCAGGAAAUUUACUGUAUGCGUGAAAGAUAUGAACUUUGCUGAUGAUAUUACACUCAGUUUAGUUGAAUGGGUAGAAACAAAUAGACUUUUGGGUGCGGAAAUGAUAGAUAUAUACGUUGAUAGUGUUCAUAAAAACACUGAAACAACAUUACUUCGGUAUCAGGCCCAUGGUCUAGUUAGACUUUUUCAAGUUCCUAUUAAGAAUACGGCACGGUCUCUGUGGCAGAGACGACGUGAUCAUUUGGUUACAUACAACGACUGUUUGUAUAGAAAUAUUCUAGAAAGUAAAUUUAUCAUACCGCUGGACGUUGAUGAGGUCCUGGUACCAAAAACGGCAUAUACGUGGCAUGGUUUAUUCCAGAGGCUACCAUACCAAGGAUGGGAUCCAAAUCUACAUUCUGCCGUGUUAGUCAGAAACGUCUUCUUCUUUAACUUCAUGCAAGACUUUUAUAAGAGCAAAAUUAGUAGUGAUAGUAGAAGCAAUAGAACUAUUUACAUGAAACGCGAUGACGUCAGAAUAGAGGAUCUCCUAAACAAAGUAGCAUCAGUAGAUAGUCAUAGUUUUAAUUCUAAUAGAGAUUACAAAGAACAAAAGGAUUGUAUGAAAAGUGUACCAGUGCCAAAACUAACUAAGAAUACGAUAAGUUCAGCGACAAUUAGCCCCAUUGGUUAUUACAGCAAGAGUUUUAUGCAGACAAAGAAGGUCUUAACAGCAUUUAAUCACUAUCCUUUGGCUAGUGUAGGUGCAACGGGAUUCACUGGAUGGGCGGCGCCUUUCAAAGAAGUUCAACUGAAUCAUUACAAGGAAUCCUGCAACACGACAAUGGUCCCGGAGUGCGCGCAAUACGUCCUGCGCGCGCGCAUCGACCGCUCUGCAGUGCACCUCACUAGGCGGCUAACACGCGCUGUUUUUGAUGCUAUGUGCUCACAAAUAAAUGCUCGCUAA